AUGACUUUAUUUGUGCUGAUUGAUUUAAAUACAAAAGAUUUAGAAACACAAGCAGUUUUUGAGAAAGAUAAUUUUUACUGUGUUGGUGGUAAAAUCGUGCCAACAUACUAUGGAAAAAUAAAAAAGCAAAGAAGUUCUAUACAUGGAUCAAAUAAAUGUUCUUUAAAAGUAUCAUUAAUCAAGGUUUCUAAAGAAAUGCUGAAAAAAGUCAAAAAUAAUGAAAAUGCUAUUAUACAAAUGUCAAUAACUGAUUACAUUGGAGAAGAGUCUACUUAUCAAAAUAUCUUAAAAAAUUCUAAAGAAAAAUCAGAAAAUGAAAACACAUCCUCAUUGCAUUCAAGUUCUUUUUAUAAUAAAUACAAGUUUGAUUUGUUAAAUAUUUUACAAUCAUUGAAAUUCAUGCAAGUCAAAGAUAAUGUUACUGACAAUGAGUUUCAUAUGAAUAAUAAUAACUAUGUUGAUCUUGAUCAGGAAGAAGAAUUAACAAAGGACAAUAUAGAUCAUCAAAAGAAAAGAUCUAAUAGUCGUAAAAAAAGUAAAGAACCUAUUAGUCGCUUUUUAUGUAAUACUCUAAGAUCACAUGAUUCAAUCACAAGUGUUACUAAACCCAAAACUAAAUAA